AUGCGGAUGCCUCACAUCCAAUGCUUCUACGAUUGUUUUAUAGAAAAAGGAAUUGUUCCAACGGAAGUUAAAGAGAUCACGAUGGCAAUGGAUCAAUAUUACUUGGAUCUGUUAGCAAUCAAGAACGUAAUUAGCAACUGGGACCCAGUUAAAAAGACUCUGUUGCAAGAAUCACCUUCCUCUGCUAAAAGUAGAAUACCAAAGAGUGCAAAAUCCAAAGAUGUAGGAAUAUUGGACACCGCCAGAGAGGUGACUAUUUAUGAUAAAUUUUUAAUAUAUACUGGUAUUGCUGAAGUUGUAUAUUUUAAGAAGCAGGCACCAGUAAAUAAUUUUCACGUUUGGUACGUGCGAUCCAGUGAUCCUUGGCAGGAUAAAAUAUAUGAUAUGGUGACUGGACAAAUGAGCCAAAAUUCUUUGGCAAAAUCUGCUCUUCCAAUCAAGGUUGUACCCGAGCCAGAUCUUAAACCGAAAUUGUACUCCAUUCUUAAGACAAGAAAUUUUGAAAAACGAAGCAGUAUUACAGACGAGGGUACCUAUCAAUUGGUAUCUAUCAGUUCGGUACCAGAAAUUCAAUCGGUCGUCGAAUCAAUCUACCCGAGCGAGCUGAGCAUGCAAGAAAAUCGAGCGGAAAAUCGAAGAAAUCGGAAAAGUCGUGGACAAAGGAGGAGCAAAGCGGAAGAGCAAAGAUCGAGCAAAACUGAAGAUCUUUCUUUGAUCGCAUCCACGAUCGACAGCAUCGACACGAAUAAUGUCUCCAAUUUGGAGACGAUUUUAGAAGAGCCCUUGAAAGCACGUUGGAUCUUGCUUCCGAAAGAGUGCCACAGGUUCAAGAUCCGCUUUCAACCGGAAGUAACAGGGUUCCACGAAGAAAUGUACGCGUUCACCAUCGUCGAUGGGAAUAAUGUCACUUAUCAAGUGAACGUCAAUGGUAUUGCUGACGUGCCAAAAUUAGAUAUGAAUCCAAAGACGAUUUUCGCAAAGACUGCAAAUAGCAAAUUAAACGAAACAUACAUCCCUACAUAUUUCUUGGACAGUGGGAUUUUUGAUUUUGGAACGAUGCUGGUACUUCGAAAAGAUAAAAGGCCUCACCGUCGAGAAGCUGAGCUAAAGUUUUGCAACAUCUCCAAGGUGGACGUAGAAGUUCAUUUCUUCCUGGCUAAGAACAAUCCUGAAUGUUUCUUCGUUCAAUCAGAGGAGCUUCUGAUCGCUGCUGGCAACAGCGAGUCGCUGGUUUUAUCCACUAUCGCAACGAAAUUUGGAAUAAUUUCAGAAAAAUUGUACUUGUGCGUGAAAAAUAAUCCCAAAGUCGAAGUGAUCGAGUUGCAGCACGAGGGUACGAAAUUGGAUAUCGAAUUGGAUAAGAAGCAAAUAUCCUUCGAUCGUGUGCUCCUUUAUCGAAUAGAAUAUCAAAGUCUAAUCGUGAGGAAUAAAUCAGCAGUGCCACUUUUUUGGUCCUUGAAAGCUGAAGAACCUGCCGAAGAACAGAUAACAUUUUCACCAUCGGAAGGAACGAUUGAACAGCAGGGUGAACAGAAAGUUGAAUUUUGUUAUCAUGGCACCAAGGUCGGUGUAAUAGAAAAGAAAGCGACGAUAUUCGAGGCGUUCUUAUAUGAAGAAGAUAAGGAAGCAAUUUUCACCGACACCAUUUUGCUGACUGGCGAAACUUACGACGUCCAGGUCGAUAUCAAUUACGCGAAUCCCAUCGAUCUGAAAUAUAUAAAAGUCGGCUUUCCUACUACUGGUUCGUUCACCAUAAAAAAUCGUGGCAAUUACGAGGUGAAAUACGUAAUCACGUUGGAAGAAAAGGAAAAAUUGGAACAAUUAAAUUUACCGAAAAAUUUGAAGAAGGAUCUUCAAGUUCAACCUGUCAGUGGUUCUGUACCAUCGAAGAAAGAAAGAAUCGUAGAGGUGGUUUUCGUACCGAAGGCUGAGUUGUCUUUGAAAAAUGCUGCAAUAUUAAAGUGCCAUUUAUUGGAUACUCAAAAGGGGACUGCAAUAAUCGCUGAAAUACCUCUUACUGUUUCUGUCAUUGCAUAUUACACCAGAUUUCGAGUCCACCCUUAUCCCCUGAUUGAUUUUGGAACACUGGCCAUAUGCACCGAGAAAACCAUGUACCUGAACAUCGAGAACACUGGAAAAUUUCAACUUUGUUAUACUAUAUUCAACCCAUUGAAGCAUCCGUCAGUACUUUAUAUGAGUCAAACAGCAAAGCAAGUAGCAGCUGAUUCCGCAGAAAAAUGGUCAAAGAAAAAGAGAAAAUCUCCCAGAAAUGAUAAGAGUCAUGCCAAAGAUAGUUUGGAAGUAGAGCAUUUAACAAUGGGACCAAUGACUGUCACCAAAAUGAUGGGCCAGGUCGAGCCAGGUGAAACCGACACAAUUGCCAUUAAUUGUUUCCCGGAAUUCGCGGGCUCUCAGGAGGAACGAAUGACUGUUCUCGUGAACGAUACCGUUCCGGAAAACAGAAAUGGAAAAAUUAUUACAUUAUCGGUGAAAUCAGCUGUUCCUCGUAUUGAUUUCCACGACUUCGAUUCGAUGUUCCAGGAAAAUCAUGUGGUCGAUCGAAUUCAGGACUUCGAAUGUCCCAAAGAGAUCGGACCGCACACGGUGUUCGCGCGACAAGAAGCCGCUCUCUACUUCCGGCGUAUCAGGGUGCUGAGCACCCAUAGCACGUGUUUCAGACUGUACAAUCGCGGAGUAGUAUCGGCAAACGUGGACGUGCAUUUCCAAUCUGACUCUCUGAUACCGGAAACAGCGAAGCAAGACACAUUUCAAGUAGAGCCACGAAACGAAAGGAUCGCUCCUAUGAGUCAGAAAACGUUUACGAUUUCAUUUAAGCCCAUCGCUAUCAACACGUAUCAAGGAAAUUUACAAAUGAUCGUCGCUCUACCUGUUCAUCUGGGAGAAGAAAAGCUGUUCAUCAAGCUCGUAGGAGAAUCCUGUGUACCGGAAGUGGCAAUCGUGGAACCGAGCCACGGGAAACGGGAAAUGGCCGCUUUAAACUUUCCUCGUACUUUGAUUAACGAAGCUAGCGGGAGAUAUUUCAGCCUGGAAAAUACCGGGUUAAUUAAGGCGAAAGUAAUCGUGGAGAUCGAAGAAGAUCAGAACGAUGUCUUCAAGCUUUCUCCCGUAUCUGACUCGCGCCAUUUCUUGCAACUUUGGGACAAAGAUCACGAUGAAUCUAACGACCGAUGCGUAAUGAUCCUUCUAUCCCCUGAAAACGUAGCCCGAUUCAAAGUCGCAUUUUCUCCCGACGAAAUCGGGACAUUCUACGGGAAAGUUCGUAUGCAUAUCAUUGACAAUCCUUACGAAAAUUUAGUGAUAAAUUUAGAAGGUGAAUCCUACUUGGAGCUGGUAGUUUUGGAUGGUUUGGAGUUCGAUGAUAAUAAACGUAAAAAGAAAAGUAGAACUUCUUCCAGAUUACGAAGACUAUCGUCGAAACAAAAUUCCUUGAUAUCAAUACCGACCAACUCGAGCCUCUCAGUGACAUUGACUUACAACCUCGACUACGGUCUCUGUUUCGUUAGCAAAAUGUACAAGAAAACUUUCCGGAUCUUCAAUAAAUCUUCGGAUCGAUGGUUUCGUUUCCAAUGGGGCGCACAUCCCCAUGUAGUGUUCAUGCCAACGAUCGGACACCUCAAGUAUCAAACGUGCAAGGAAGUUGUUGCUACUUUCCUCGCGUCGGAACCAAUAAAUCACUCGAACAUUCCUAUCGAGUGCAGCUUAUGCGAAAUCAUACUGGUGGAUUCGAAGGGCGAAGCACCUUGGGACGACAGGCAAACUGAAGUUAAAUGGGAGAAGGUUCGGCCGGAAAUAGUGGAGCAAAUGAACGAAAUGGAAUUGCUGGCGAAAAAGAUCGUGCAACCAACUGCAGAACCAUUACACGAGAUCAUACCUGGAACCAGCAACAGUAUUAAUCUGUUGCUAAACGCGACCGUUGCGUUCUCAGAAUAUUCCUGUGAUGUUGAAGAAAUCCACUUCAAAGAUACCUUGAUGUUCCAGACCAGGGAAUACAAGUUUACGCUAACGAAUCCGGGAAUCGUAAACACGCUGUACGCUUGGAAGAUCAACAUGGACGAGCAAUAUCCAAAAAGAGAACAAGGAGACAGUUUACAUACUUUUUCCAGACGAAAAGUUGUAAACGAGUCUAGGUCUCAAUCGCCUUCGAAUGCCAAGAGAAUCUUUUCGAUUACCACCGAUUUCCCUCAUGGGAAAUUCGAUAAGUACAAGCAAGGUGGUACGGGCAGCGUGAAACUAUUCUCUUUACCAUGUACACCGCUGCAAUAUGACGCAAGAGCAGUUUCGACAAAGAGCAGUGCAAAAAAAUCAGAUCUCUUCAGUAGCACAGCUGGAUUAUCAGGGAGAACCGCUGACAGCUGGGUGGAAGAUGAUCUACCAUUUUCAAUUUCCCCGGAUACAGGAACGUUAUCGCCUCAAGAAUCCGUUCAAUUCACCCUGAAAUUCUCUCCGAUGGACGUGUUUCACUACAAAGCGUAUCUUAUAUGCAGAAUAGAUAAUAUCGAUCGAAACAAAAUGAACCUGACUAUACCAGUUGUGGGAAGAAGUUUGUUACCCUAUUGUCACUUCGACAUACAGGAAAGCGACUACGUAACUAGCGGCAGAAGGGAUGGAAAACUACCCGGUCCUGUUGGAUACGACAUAGAGGAUCCCAGCCUGUGGCAGAAUAUCAGGGUAAUCGAAUUUAAAGUGGUCGGCACCGGUGGCACCCACGUCAAAAAAUUUCAUCUGAUCAACCCGACGACGGACGAUUACCAUUUCUCGUGGAAAGAUCGAACGUGUCGCGGCGUGGAGGAUAUAUCGAAUUUUCAUUGCACGGUUAUGGAAGGAAUGGCUGAACGCGGUAAACAAACCGACCUGGCUUUCACGUUUCUGGCAGAAGACGUCGGCGUCUUCGAAUCUUUCUGGCUCUUCUCCAUCGCGAGAUAUAAUCUCAAGUGCCUUUUUCUGGUCGUCGGGAUCGUAACCGAGCCGUCUGUGCACUGCCUCACGGUUCACGUGAAACUGAAGCCAACAAUUUUGGGUCACAACGUUCGUGACUCUAUUAGAUUAUUGAACAACGAGGAUUACAAUAUACCGUUCGGGAUUUUUGAAAAUUCUUUAUAUUCCGAGGGUAAAUUUCAAAGGCUCAGCGUUACUCCAAUGACCGGUGUUCUGAUGGCGAAACAGGAACAGUUUCUCUGGGUCGAGUACCAUCCAACUCGGGUCGGCGAAUUCUACUUUUCCAUUCAGUGCGGCAUAAAACUGAUGAAAAGACCCCUCACGGUUUUCGUCACCGCAGUCGUUUACGAGAUCGUGUCUUCGGUUUCGUACACCAGCCCCGGCCACGAAAUCGCGCAAGCUUUUCAAGACAAAGACAAUGUCAUCGACCUGGGCAGGCUGAUAAUGGAAUCAUCGACCACUAUCGAAUUCGAGGUGAAAAAUUCUGGCAAUGUGGCGUUUUAUUACACCUGGGACCUUGGUAUAACGCCAGAAAUUGCAUCCAGAGACGCUUACACGAUCUUGACUUCGCAGAAACAGGGACACGUGUUCAGCGAAUCUCAAUCGACCUGUUGUCUGACGUUAAAGACGCUCCGGAAGACGAUCAUCAAAGAUCACUGCGUCCUCCUGAAGAUUACCAAUGGUCCGAGUUAUCGAUUCCUGCUGAGAGCCAGCUCGAAGAAGCCUGCCCUCGACUUCAGCUUCAGUCGCUACGAUUUCGGGCCCUGUUACAUCCAAGAGAACAACGGGAUCUCUUAUUACAAGGAGCUCCUUGUGCAGAAUUCCGAGAACGUGGCAUUCAUAGUCGAGUGCAAAUUCGAGGAAAAACCUCACCUGUCCGUCGAUCUCGCUUCGAUCUCUCAGGCCCUUGCAGCCAACUCCACGAUAUCUAUACCGAUCACUUUUAAACCAUUAAAGGAAACAAAGUACCGUGAGUGCUUGAUGUUCACGAUCAACUCGGCGAACGAGAGGAAAAUAACGAUCCUCGGCGAGGGAAUCACUUACAAAAUCCGUCUAGUGAACCCUCGCGACAAGUGCAUCGACCUGGGCAGCGUGUCCGUUUCCAGGACCGUCACCAGGAGGAUCCCAGUGGUGAACGAGGGUUUGGCAUCGGUAGAUGUACGAUUCGACUUGUUGAAGAACCUCAGCAGUUACGAGCAACACCGCGAACGCUCUCAGUGUUUAACGACGCAAAAUGUUGAAAGCACCCCUAUUGAUUUGGAACGAGCGUCCAUCAUGGAGACGAAACGUUCGUGGACCCAGGAUAUAGCGCUUCAGACCAAGGAGCCGAGGCUUUCGGAAGUAUUGAAAAUCGAACCGUCAACGAACGUAGUGUUGAAACCCAACAAGAAGACCAACGUGUUGGUCACUUUCAAAGCUACCUCGAGAAUAACACCGUUUCUGAGUAAAGUGGCCCUUCAGACUGGUUCAACUAUUAUGCCGUUGUUCGUUGUGCAAGGAAGUUGCAUCGCAGCCGAGUUCCAACUAAAUAGGACCCGAGUCUCAUUUGGCACGGUCGUCCAAGGCUACACUAGCGAGACUAGGGUGGUUUUAAUGAACACCGGUGACGUGGGUGCAAGGUUUAAAUGGAACACCUCAAAAUUACCAGAUGUGUUUAAAAUCGACCCUUUAAACGGCUAUUGCUCCCCUGGUAUGGAUAUCACUUUCAUGGUCAGUUUUCAACCCUAUGAAGAGGCCACUGUGAUCGACGGUGAGGCAACGAUAGAAAUUGAGAAAUACGGUUCCCUGAAGACGAAAAUCACCGGAGGAUGCUGUCAACUUCCGGAACCAACAGAGACCAUCCUGUUCGAGUCUUUUGUACGCGAGAAAAGCGUGCAAUCGUUCGUUAUCAUGAAUGACACUCACCUAUCUUGGACGUUGAAGCCGGAAAUUACUGGUGACUACUUCAUCGUCGAAGAGGUGCUGAAGAUUCCUGCGAAGGGAUUCGGCUCUUGCGUGAUCACCUAUGCACCUCUUACAAUGAACUCUGAGGACAACCUGCACACAGGAACGUUAUUGUUGAAACUACCAGAUGAAAAUUCACCCAUAUUGUAUUCUCUUCAUGGAAGAAGCUUUCCGCCGGAAGCUACAGCAAUUAUUACACGCCAAUUUCCGGCGAAAACGAAAUAUACGGAAUCGUUGACUGUGCAAAACUGGCUCAAUAGACAACAACGAUUCAUGUGCAAAAUUGAAUUAUUAAAUAACGAUGAGGAGCAAUCGAAGAUACCUUUGUUCAAGUUUCUGGGCAACAACAGGAUUGAUGUACCAGCGAAUGGACGACGAGAUUAUCGUGCUGUUUUUUAUUCUUACGAAGAAUCGGAAUUCAAUUUUAAAGUGUCGUUCAUCAACGAGGAUAACGAGUAUCAGUUUUAUAACAUAAACUACGAGGUCACGGAACCGGAAGUGAUCGAAUCGAUCAAAUUGACAGCCUCGGCGAGGUCCAAAGUGUGUCACGAGUUGAAAGUGGAAAAUCCUUUAGAAAAUAAAACGAUACUGUACACGGCGAACUGUGAUCAUCCUUUUAUCGCUAUCCGCGAACUGCCGAAAACUGUACCACCCAUGUCACACGAGUAUAUUUAUGUACUGUACUGUCCAAUGAUACCUUCCGAAGAAACUAUCGAGAUGCUCAACGUUAAUUCCCCAGAAUUAGGACAAUUUCCAUACGAAUUACGAUUAAAAGCUUUACCACCACCCCCAGAAAAAGUUACACGAGUGAACGCAACUUUGGGAAGCACGUGUAUAUUCUCGCUUCUUGUUCAUAAUUACACUAAAGAACCUGCCGAGUUCGUAAUUAAUGUGGAUGAUGAUUGCUUCGUUUCUGAGAAAAGCAUCAGUGUUCUACAAUUAGAUGAUAGAACAAUUGAAGUAAUCUUUGAACCAUCUAAUUUAGAAAAUACGACUGCCACGUUAAGAGCAUCGUCGAAAACUGCUGGAGAUUAUAUAUUUCCUCUAAUUGGAACUUGUUCAUUACCGAAACCUAUGGGGCCCUAUAUAAUUACACGAGACACCCCAGCAUCGAUACUGUUCAAAAAUGUUUUUAGAGAAGAAAAAACGUUUGAGUUUCACGUAGAUCCUUCUGAAAUCUUUGAAAUAGAAAUACCAUCGACAACGUUACACUCCAAACAGAACAUUGAAAUCAAGGUACAUCUCCGAAAAGAAGAGGAGGUCGUAGGUGAAGAGACAGUAAUGGAAGAAAAAUAUCCGGUCACCGGAAAAUUGAUGGUAUACUGCACUGAUCACACGCUUUCUCACGUUAAUUGGAUAUAUUAUGUAAAAGGAAUUUUUGAAUAA